AUGCUAUUGGUAGUUACUUAUUUGCUUGUUUUCGGACCUGUAGUUGCAUUAACAGCAACAGCAUGUACAGCUCAAAAUGCAAAAGGAACUUGCAUUUCAACUGCUUCAUGUACAGGUAGAUCAGUUGCUGGCCUCUGUCCUGGUGCUGCAAAUAUUCAAUGUUGCAUCCCACAAGGAAGUGCUUGUACCGCCAACGGAAAAAGUGGAACUUGCAUUUCAACUGCAUCCUGUGCUGGUACAUCUGUAUCUGGUCACUGCCCUGGUGCUGCUAAUAUCCAAUGUUGUGUUGCUAGUGGUGGUUCAUCAGGUUCUUCUGCUGGACUUUGUGGAGGUUAUGCUGGCGCUGCCGUUACUUCAAUCAAAGGCAAUAGUAAUGUAAUGUAUUCAGUAGUGAAAAUACGCAAAGAACAUCUUUCCAAUCCCGCUAUAUAUUCAAAUUCACCAACAGCAUCAGACAACACAAUGACAACUACAACAGCUUGUGCUUUCGAUAAGAUGGCUGCAGCU